UCAGUUCCGGCUGUUUGUUCGGGAAGUGGAUCCGCCGCUGCCGGAGCAGCCCGGAGGGAGCUGCGGUUUGCGAGGCCCGUAGUGACCCCGCCCGCCCGCGCGCGCCGCCCCCGCCCGCCAUGGCCCGGGACUACGACCACCUCUUCAAGCUGCUCAUCAUCGGCGACAGCGGUGUGGGCAAGAGCAGUUUGCUGUUGCGUUUUGCGGACAACACGUUCUCAGGCAGCUACAUCACCACGAUUGGGGUGGACUUCAAGAUCCGCACAGUGGAGAUCAACGGGGAGAAGGUGAAGCUGCAGAUCUGGGACACGGCCGGCCAGGAGCGCUUCCGCACCAUCACGUCCACGUACUACCGGGGCACACACGGGGUCAUUGUGGUUUAUGACGUCACCAGUGCCGAGUCCUUUGUCAACGUCAAGCGGUGGCUUCAUGAAAUCAACCAGAACUGUGACGAUGUCUGCCGGAUAUUAGUGGGCAACAAGAACGAUGACCCUGAGCGGAAAGUGGUGGAGACGGAAGACGCCUACAAAUUUGCCGGGCAGAUGGGGAUCCAGUUGUUUGAGACGAGUGCCAAGGAGAAUGUCAAUGUGGAGGAGAUGUUCAACUGCAUCACAGAGCUGGUCCUGCGAGCCAAAAAAGAUAACCUGGCCAAGCAGCAACAGCAGCAACAGAACGACGUGGUGAAGCUCACCAAGAACAGUAAACGGAAGAAGCGCUGCUGCUAAUGCCCGCAGAGACUGCGCUGCGGCCUGCCCGGCCGGGGCCGAGCCUCGGGGACAGCCUCUGUCCUGCCGUUAUUUAAAGAAUUCUCUCCAUGUUUUUGUAUCGGGAGGCGCCACCGGCACUUCCUCCCUCCCUGAGUGCCAAGAAGGUGUUGGACGAGCCUGCCCUUUCCUACUGACGCCCUCCCUGGCUGAGGCGCCUGGACCUGACAAGGACGCUGCCAGCUGAGCGGACUGGCUGACCAGGUUGUACAUAGUGUAAAUUGCUCUAACCAGCUGCACACCCUCGUCCUGCUCUGGCUUUUGCUUCCUGUAUGCCAACCUACUGCGACAGACCCUCCUGCCAUCUUCCCAGCCACUCUGCCGCCAGCAGCUUCUGGAGGGGAGAGCGUCACGUUCUGGCUGCAUCUCUGGCCAAGCUGGCUGGUGGAGUGGCUCCCUGGCGCGCCUUCUCUCUGCAGGCUGUCAGCCUCUGUCCCGGCCUCCAGGGUCUUGGCUCCUGUCAGGUGCAUGUUGCCCACCCAUCCUGCCCCCAGAACCGUUCUAGGAGCUGGGGAGAUCUGACUUGAGGAAGGCCGUGCCGUCUGCCUUCAGAGGAAGUCAGCCCUGCUGUUCAGUCAGCAGGCUUCUUGUCCUGCCUUCUAGACCCCCCAGGGGAGCCAUGGCUGCACGCCGGCACGGUGUGCCUCCCUCCUGGCAGGAAGGCAGGACGGGCUCGCAGUGGGCAUUAGGAGGAUUCACAGCAUUAUUUUAACUGAUAAAGAAAAUGAAGCCAAAUCAAGUGAAUUAAGUUGCUCAACUAUUUUCUGUCCCUGAAGAUUGAUUGGCACAGCAACAAAAGUUGUGGCCACCCCAUUUUGGGCCCAGGGUUUUUAGAGAAAGUAAAUGACUAUCUGUCCCUGUGGGGCUCGUGGUCGCCUCUUGGUAAAAAGGACCCCCUGGCACCAGGAGACUGUGGUGAGUACCAGACAUCCCGAAUGUGGAGCUUGGUGCCAGGGCUGCCUGAGACCACGGAGGUGAUGGGGGAACUCCUGUGGGUGAGAUCGAGUGGCAGAAGCCAGGGCGAUGGGGCCCAACUCACUCCCGCCCCUGGAGCAAACACCAGGGUCCCCUGCACUGGAGGACAGCUCCCCUUGCCUCCACCCCCUUGUCCCCAAAAGGAUCACGUAACCUGGGAAGAAUUGAUUUCAGCACCAUGAUGUCUUUUAGAUUUCCUUUCCGAGGCAUUUCCAGGCCAAGUCCUGACUGGACAAUCACGUUGCAGAGCGCUGCAGUCUCCAUGGUAACACUGUGGAUGGGUUUUUAAUCAAUAAAACUAGGGGUUUCUUCUCACCUGUUUCUCCACUUGUCCAUCCUGGGGGCCAGGGCUCCCUCUGGAGCUGCGGGCGGGCCAGCAUGGAGCCCAGUUGGGUCCCUGCCUCAGAACCGCCUCUGGGCAUCCCAGGAGCUGGUGGGGGAGCGUGUGGGUGGGUCAAGCUGUGAGGGGGUCGUGGGAGCAUCCAGCCCAGGAGUCUGGACGGCCAGAGCCAGGUGGUAGGGGUGACCGUGGGAGGAUGGGGGGGCCUGUCCCGUGGAGGGUUCUGCAUGAAUGGGGUUAUGGGGUGGGGGUGGGGAACUCAGGGCUGGACCGACGGAUGUCCUGGUGGACCUGAUGUGAAAUUCCUGUCCAACAACAAAACUUUUAAAUGGUUUGCUAGGAUUAUUUCUGUAUUGAAAGUUUCUAAUGAUGCUUUUUAAAAAAAGUACUAAAAAUAAAGGUUCAAGCUGCCAGA